AUGGCGUUGGCAAUGGAAGUUGCUGAUAAGCAGGCCAAAAACUUCAGGAAUUCGCCUGCAGAUGGUGGCAUACAUCAUGUGAGAUCACCGCAUCCGCUAAAAGCGAUAAAGUCAAAGAGACCGUGUUUCCGUUGUGGCGAAGACCACAUGCCUCAAAAAUGCCGAUUUAAAUAAGAAUUAUGUCGGAAUUGUAAGUCAAAAUGGCAUAUCGCCAAAGUUUGUAAGAAGAAAGCACCCGCAUCCUCAGGUGGUUACGCCCAUAGAUCACGUUCGAAUCAAGGUGGGAGAAGACAACCAGUUCGGUUCGUGGAGGACGACAUCCUUCAAAAAGAGCCAAACGACAACUUCAAACUAUUUCACCUUCACCAGGAAAAGCCUGAACCAUCCAUCAUGGUUCCUGUAAAGGUGAAUCGUGUAAGCCAUUCGAUGGAGUUGGACACUGGUGCGUCAGUUUCAAUCAUGUCCGAGGAGGCAUGGAGAAGGCGGUUCCCGAAAGUCCCAUUAGAGGAGUCCCAAAUCAAAUUGAAGACUUACACAGGAGAAGCUCUCAAAAUUAUCGGACAAGCACUGGUGGAAGUAACAUAUUAA